AUGUCCCAAGCUUCCUUAAACGAGACCAUGGCCAAGCUGGAACGUCAAGAGACACUCCUCGGCAAUGCCUCAGAGCUCAUGUUCGAUCCAAACGAGAUUGCGACCGACGACGAAAACCCCCAGGACUCCCAGAUCAUCACUUUUGACAGCGUCUACAUGCCAAUUCCCAACCUCGAAGCCAGCUUCAUGCAGCCCUACGAAGAAGAGCCUGAGCAAGGGGGCGAAGACUGGAUCCUCGCCAGGACCAGUCGACCCUGCCGCCACAGGUACAUCUCCGAGUACAAGGAAAAGAAGCUCGGGUGUGCGACAGAUGCUGACCGACAGCGAAUUGCGGAGUGCAUGACCGUCCGUGACUGGGCAGAUUGCAAGUUAGAUGCUGAGCUGUAUGACAAGGGAGAGGAUUCGAGAAUGGAUGAGAAGACCUAUAUCUGUCUGUACGGGCUACCCCCGUCAAUUGUCAACACGAUCGACUACACGCCCACCAUCAUGGCGCUGAAUGAGUAUGCCGGGCUUGUCGCCUCGGAGGACCACUUGGUCACUCCGAUCUUCCACCGUCGGUUCGCGGAGUUUCUCGGUGCUCUGAAGGAGACGGGGUAUGCGCAUGGGUAUACAAAGGAACAAUCUUCUGCGUCGUACAAGGCUUAUAGCGCGUUUUUGAAUGCCAUGGAGACUGAGGUUGAGGAUAUCCUAGAGAAGGACGAGACUCAUGCCGGCUGUAUAGAGUAA